AUGCCUCCAACCGCCUCCGACCAGCCGCAGAAGCAGCCCGCCGUCCCGCUGGUGGACAUCCUCGGGACCCAGCGCUCCCUCACGACCUUCUUCUCCCUCGUCCGCCUCCACGAGCCCACCGAGUCCCUCCUCGGCGAUCUCCACACAAACACCACCGUCCUCGCGCCCCUCAACUCCGCCAUCGAGGCCCUGCCCCGCAAACCCUGGGAGAGCCCCGCCGACUACCAGGCCGCCGGCGCCGACGCGUACGAGGGCGAGGACGGCCGCGAGAGGGCGCAGCGGAACCUCCGGCGCUUCGUGGAGGCGCACCUCGUCACCGCCAGCCCGUGGCAGCAGGGCGAGGAGAACAAGGCGGGCACGCUCAAGGGCGAGAGCGGCCGGACGAGGGAGCUGUGGUGGGAGCUCAGGGACGGCAAGAGGGUCAUCAUGCCGGACGGGGUCGAGGUUGACCGCGUUGCCAGCCAGGUGGCCAACGGGGAAGUCUGGAUCCUCAAGGGUGUUUUAAACUACAGUUGA